CUGAGCAGACGCAGACUGCCACUUGGUGAAAAGUGGCAAAAGACAAAGGACGCAACUGCUCUCUGAGAAGGAACAGAGUCCGAUUUCACUCCCCGGAGCAGUGGGCGACGUUUGGGUUUGCCACGGCAGCGACUUGGUCUUGGACAUCUUUGCUCAGGCAUCGGCCCUUUUACAGUGGAUGUUUGGCAGCCUGGUGAUGGACGAAAAAGCCCAACUGUAAGCAGGAAGCAGCACGCAGGAUGAAGGAAGUCACCAUCAUCUCUGAGGUGGAGGUGUAAUCCAUCUCUUCUUCCGUGAUCCCAUGCUCUGCCGAUGUCCCCAUUCCCGAUUUAAACCCUCACGUCCCCUUCGAUCAUCCACAAACACAAAAGAUCCUCUCUUCCAAAGCGGCUGAGAGGUUACCAUGGCGAUGGUUGUCAUGAUACAGAUGUAGCUUCCUGAAGACGGUGACAAAGAACCCGGGAUGGGCAGCACUCCGUAUCCAGGCGGAGAGUGGAAGGGGAAGGGCAAAGGAAGCCUGCAGGAGUUGGGCUGCAUGCCUUGGAAGGUCAGCAAGCAGAAAGCCGGAGUUGGAGGGGAGGCGGUGAGAGCAGAAGAGCGAAGGUGCAGGGAUCCGCAGCAGGAGCUUUCGUCCUCCUCUUCCUCGCUCACGGCGCCGCAACUUCCUCAAGCGUCGCUGACGCGUCCGGCUAUUUACCACGAGAAGCAGCGGCGGGAGCUGUGCGCCCUGCACGCGCUCAAUAACGUCUUCCAGGAUGGCUCGGCCUUCAGUAGGGACACCUUGCAGGAGAUCUACCAGAGGCUUUCUCCCAGCACUCUGGUGACGCCUCAUAAGAAGAGCAUGCUGGGAAACGGGAACUACGACGUAAAUGUCAUCAUGGCCGCCUUGCAGACAAGAGGCUUUGAGGCAGUUUGGUGGGAUAAAAGAAGGGACGUCGGCAGCAUCGAGCUGUCCAACGUGACCGGCUUCAUUCUCAACGUUCCGUCCAAUCUUCGCUGGGGACCUCUGCAGCUGCCACUCAAACGUCAACACUGGAUCGGCGUGAGAGAAGUUGCGGGAGUCUACUACAACCUGGACUCCAAGCUCCGGGGCCCUCAACCGAUCGGUAGUCCAGAUGAGCUCAGGAAGUUCCUGCGCCAGCAGCUCCGAGGGAAGAGCUGUGAACUUCUCUUAGUCGUGUCGGAGGAAGUGGAGGCGCAACAAACAUGGCGCUCUGACAGCUGAGGACUGAAACAGCCAAUCACAGCCUGCGGUUGAGAUUAAUUUAAUUAAUGCACACAGCCAAUUGCAUACUGGUGGAAUUUUUUUUUUUUUUUAGGGGGGGGGGGGGGUUACACGAUAAUGGCUGGAUUCUCUUGAUUGGAUGCAAAAGCAAUGAAGGAAGCAAACACUUUUCCAGGGAAGAAUAAUGAGUUAUUUACUUCAAAGAAGAUUAUUAUUCAAUUUCUGCUAUUCUUGUGUUUUUAUACGACAUAUCCGGACUAUUUUUCAGUCACUUGUGAUCUGCUGGUUUUAAUGUUUUUUGUCCUUUUUACUGUUCAAGUCUCCAAAGUUCUGGGAGUACACUUGAAUUUGGUUUUGUGUUUUUUCGUCUCUCCUUUAACGGAGGGAAUAGUUAAUUUGCCGUUCCUUCACUUUCACCAAAGCGUGCCCUUCUUCACUUUGUUGCGACGGCGUCUCCACUCCUUCUUGUUUUUGUCUUAUCUUAUCAGAGGUCACUUUUUGUGUUACAUCCACUUCUUGGACACCACAGGCACAGAAGUGAGAGCCUUUACUGUACAGUCUUGCAGACUCAGCAGUUUACUUUGGCAACGCAGCAAUGCAAAUAGUCCCUCUAGUGGAUGUUUGUGGUAGUUGCUGCAGCUUUUUUUUUUUUUUUUUUUUUACUUCUAUCCUGUAGUAGUGGUCAAAGAAAUACUGUAUUGCUACAGUGACCAAUAGGGCCAAAUGCACAGCAAUGUCCAAAUGAUCCAAAACAAAAAAAAAUACAUUCAUAACAUGAAAAUGCUGCAAAUUAAUAAUACUACAAUGACAGGGUCAGAAGCAGAUGCAAAAAAAAUAACGCCCAAAAGAACUGCAUGAGUGAAAUGUUGCAGGUUCACAGAAAAAAAGCGGAAAUCAGCCAAGCACUAGAUAUGUAAUAUUUAACAGUAUUACAGAGUAAGCCGUUUUUAUGACGCAAAGAUUGUCUUUAGAGAUGGAGAUCCAUCAUGUCUGGUGUCCCCGUUUUGGUGUGUGAACUUGCAUCUUUUGCAAUUAUUUGUCAUACGCAGGAUUUUCCUGUCGCAUUUGUUGUUGUGCUGUUGGUCUGCGAUGAUUUGGACGUUGCUGCCUGCUGCUACAGUUUAUAGCAUCAUAAUAUCACAUCAUUUCACCAAACAACGACCAUAUUGCACACUUCAUUUUCAUGCACAAAACAAUCGCAGUGUAAAGUGUAUAAUAAUAAGCUAUCUUUUUUUUUUUUUUUGUAAUAGCAGCGUAUCAAAUGAGUUUGAGUUGUUCGUAGUUUCAGUGAGUUCACCCUUCAGCGGUGUUCAACUCUUCAGGCAGAGAAUAAAAAGCCAAUUUAUCUUCAUCAGGUGGCUCCAAAUCGACCUUUUCGACCCGAAAUCACAGUGUUUGGUGUUUUUUUAAUGUAUUUUCUCGGUUAUCCAUGAUGUUAAAACAGUAAAGUUAGAUGUAUCUAUCAUUGCACAGAUAGGACACUUGCAAUUGUGUUUUACAUCAUGAAUGUAGUGCUCAAUUAUACAGUACAUACUAAGAUUACAGUAUCUGAACAUUUGCACAAUGUAUGAUAUCCAUGCCUUUUCCCAGACUGACGCUCGGUUUUGACACGGAGAGGUUUUUCUAACAUUUCGUGAGAGAAUGAACAUGUUAGAAACCUCUCCCAGUAGGCCUGUGAUGCAGUAAUGAAAUAUUCAUAGCAAAUGUACUUUUAAAGUUUACAGUGCGGACGUCAUGGCAUUGUGCAAGUGAUCAUGUCGACAUUAAUUGCAUAUGACAAUGUAUAAAGAAAUGUCUUCAUACUUUUAAGCAGUCAAAAGUGACAUAAUUAGCAGAUAAGACUCGGAUCGGAAGUGCAUUUUUUCCGUACUACACACCGUUUUCACCAAACAGUUCAUUAAAGUAACCAUUGCAGCAGUCACCUGUAGCGCUAUCGAACCUGCACACAACGUUUGGGGGGGUUUGUCAUGUUCAACUAUAGUGAGGGUUGUCACGUGCAGAGGUGGUUGUGAUGGAAGCAAACAAAAAAAGAAAGUGGAUUUAGUGGGCUCGUGUGGUUGUAUUGUGAAAUUAGCCUUAUGAGAGAUUCAAUGUUGUAGCUCUUGAGAUGUAUCCGCUGUUUCUAUUUACAUGUGUUGUCUUCUUUGUGACAAUACCGGCCUUAAAUUGUUUACAUGAAAAGGUGCGUGGGCACUUUCACACGUGUAUUCCAAAGCACUAAUGUAGACGAGCAGUCCAUUAAAGAUGUCUUCACUGAUUUGGUUAU